AUUCAACCAGGCUUGACAAAAUAUGUCCGAAAAUCUUACUAUGUAAAUGUUCUGUUGCAUUUAUUGUGAUUGAAAAGAAGAAGAAAAGAAAAGAAGAAGAAGCAAGCAACAUAUGUUUAUGUAGCUAAACACUUAGAACUUGUUUUUAGCACGUGCAACAUUACACAGGUAAAAUGAAGGAUAAAACUAAAGCUAAUAACAAAGUCGCUAAUGGUAAAAUACAGAAAAAAGUACAAAAAAAGCAUAACACUUUAAAUGUAUCUAAAAGUGACAAUAUUACCAAGGAUGUAGUAACAAAGGCAAUUAAAGAAAAUAUAGUUAAACCUGCUGAAGCUACACAAAUUGUUAAGCAGGAUAAGAAACAAAAAAAAACAAAAAAGCCUAAUACUCAAAUUGAAGGCAAAGUUAAUGGUGAGAGUAAGAAAAAUAAUGUGGAAAGCAAAGAAGCUACACAAGCACAAAAAGAUGUUGCAUCGCCUGACCAGGACAAGAAAGAUAAGAAAUUGAUGCGUAAACAAAAAAAGAAAGAUGCUAAGAAACAAAAAUCUGAUGGCCCACGCGUUAGAGAUCCCGCAUUAAAUGCGUCUACGGUCUUUGUUGGCAAUUUGCCAACAAACUCCAAGCGGAUACAAAUCGCACGUCUAUUUGAAAACUACAAACCAGUGCAUUCUAUACGUAUUCGUACCGCGAAUGGAAAGGCGUUGUUCAAACAUAAGGUGCGAAAGAACGCUCCUUCACUUAUUGCAUAUGUUGUGCUUUCGAGUGUAGAAAACGCUCAAAAAUCUUUGGAACUAAAUGGAACAACUUUCAAAGAUAAUCAUAUAAGGGUUACUCUUGCAGAUAACAAACAAGGAAAUGAUAUAAAACGCACAGUUUUUGUAGGAAACCUAAAAUAUUCUGCAACAGAAGAGAAACUACGUGAAAUCUUUUCAAGCUGUGGUGAAAUAGAUUAUAUACGCUGUUUACAAGGAGACGGAGGUUGCAAUGGAACUGCUUAUGUUUGUUUUAAGUCUGCAGAAGCGGUUGGGUUAGCUUUGGAACUUAAAGAGACACUGCUCGAUGAAAGACCAAUACAUGUUGAACGUUAUUUGCCAAAGAAAACUGGUGCAAAAAAAGCGCGCGAUGAAGCCGCUGCCUCAAAAACAAAGGUAAAAACUGGUGCCAAAAAGCGCUUGGAUGAGAAAAAACAAAAUAAGCAAGGCAAGACAGCAAAGGAAUCACCUCAAGAAAAAAGUAAUAAAAAGAAAAAGAACGAAUAUCGUGGCGUAAAAAUUGAGGAUCAGAAAAAGAAACAAAAGAAGAAGGGCAAACCAUCCGAGAUGCAAAAGUUGGCUAAGAAAAUAGCACCAAAAUAAAUUUUUAUUAAUAAAAUCAAAGUUUUAUUUGAUACUUUAUGCUCUGGACUAUACGAAUUGAGCAAUUUAUAAUUUUACAAAAAUAUAACUAAAGUUGUAAAAUCCUAUUUAAGUAUAUA